AUGGCCUCCCCUGUUCACCAAAAACCGGAGGUUGUCUCCAUAUCUCCUCUGCUCAAAGCCCUAGCAUACCCCUCCACCGCUGAUAUCCGCGUCAGUGCAAAUGACAUUGCCUCCGCAUUUGCUUAUAUCUUCGAGGAUCGCCUAUCAGAUAUUCAAACUGCGGCAUUGUUGACUCUCCUGCACUCUACCGGAAAAGACAAACAGGCAGAUGUCAUUGCAAAAUGCUCUGAGCGCAUGAGAGAUGCUGCUUGCCAGAUUGACAAGGUUUCACUGAAGAAGAUUGUUAAGUCGCGAGGGAAAAGAGAAGGCAAUUACCGCGGUGGUCUGUGUGAUAUCGUCGGAACCGGUGGUGACUCACACUCGACCUUCAAUGUCUCUACAACUUCCUCCAUCAUUGCCUCGCCAUUGAUUAUGACUGCUAAGCAUGGAAACCGUGCCCAAACUUCUCUCUCCGGAUCUGCCGAUGUCCUCAAUGCUAUCCAGCCCAUUCCUCCGAAUAUCAACGCUAUUAACGCCAGCAAUAUUGCAAAGGUGUACGAAGAGACAAAUUACUCUUUCCUCUUUGCUCCCAACUUCCACCCUGGCAUGAUGUAUGCGAACCCUGUGCGUCGUGGUCUCGGCAUCCGGACCAUCUUCAACCUUAUGGGUCCUCUGGCCAACCCAGUUGAUUGGGCAAUUGAAGCUCGGAUGGUUGGAGUGGCUUACCAAAGCCUCGGCCCAGUCUUCUGUGAAGCUCUUCGACACACUGGUUCCAAGAAGGCACUUGUAGUCUGCGGUGAAGAGGAUAUGGAUGAGAUUAGUUGCGCUGGAAGCACCAACUGCUGGAGACUCUCCGAGUACCCAAAUCCAGACUAUACACCGUCCUCCUCAGACAGUACCGACUCUGACUCGGACGAAGAAGAGGAGGAGAACCCUAAGACACUUGUGAAGGUUGAUAGCUUCAAGAUCCACCCCUCAGACUUCGGUCUCUCAACCCACCCUCUCACUGAGGUCCACGGACGCAAGAUGCCCGAGGACAACGCAAUAAAGCUAAUGAGCAUUUUGCGUAACGAGCUGCCCCGUGAUGAUCCCAUCUUGGAUUUCGUUCUCAUGAAUGUCGCCGCUUUGCUUGUUACCUCAGGCAUCUGUGAGGCCGAGACCAGCAACAUGGGCUUCGGUGAUGACGGAAAGGUCAUUACCGAGCGUGGACCCGGCGGUGGCCGCUGGAAGGAAGGUCUGCGUCGGGCACGCUGGGCCAUUGAGAGCGGCCAGGCUCUUAAGAGCCUGGAGCAGUUCAUCGAGGUCUCUAAUAAGCUUUAA